AUGGCUUGAUUCCCUCCCCCUCGCCGCCGCCGGAGGGAGGCGGUCAAACGAUGCUAUCCCUCCCCCUACGCCGCCGCCACCUCCUCCUCCGCCUCUGCGCUCGCCGGAACCCUACCUUCCUGCGCCUCUCCAUCGCCGCCUCCGCCGCCGCCCUCUCCACCGCCCCUACCGUCGCCUCCGCCGCCGCCGCCACUCCCAUUUCCGACCGCCUACGCGUCCUCCGCUCCCUCCACGCCGUCGCCCCUGACCACCUCCUCUCCCACCCGCUCCCCUCCUCCGCCCACGUCUGCCUCGCCGCCCACCUCGCCGCCCGCGCCCGCCUCUUCGCGCACUCCCGCCGCCUCCUCUCCCGCCUGCUUGGUGCUGGCCACCGGCCCCACCUCGCCGCCUCCCUCGUCGACCUCCUCCACCGCGCGGCCCUCGCGCUGGGGCCCCGCCGCAGCGCGCUGCCGUCCGUCGUCGACACCCUCCUCUCCCUGCUCGCCGACCACGGCCUCCUCGACGACGCCGUCCGCGCCCUUGCCCGCGUGCGGCAGCUGCGGGUGCCACCGAACACCCGUACCUGCAAUCACAUUCUCCUGCGCCUCGCCCGCAACCGCCAGGGCGGGCUCGUCAGGCGGCUCUUCGACCUGCUGCCCGUGCCCAACGUGUUCACGUUCAAUAUCGUGAUUGAUUUUCUGUGCAAGGAGGGAGAGCUUGUGGAAGCGAGAGCACUGUUCGUGAGGAUGAAGGCGAUGGGCUGCUCGCCGGACGUGGUCACUUACAAUUCUUUGAUUGAUGGGUACGGCAAGUGCGGGGACCUGGAGGAGGUGGAGCAGUUGGUGUCAGAGAUGAGGAAGUCUGGAUGUGCAGCUGAUGUUGUGACGUACAAUGCAUUGAUCAAUUGCUUUUCCAAAUUCGGGAGGAUGGAGAAGGCGUACAGCUACUUUGGGGAGAUGAAGAGGCAGGGAGUGGUGGCAAAUGUGGUUACAUUCAGCACUUUUGUUGAUGCAUUUUGCAAAGAAGGGUUGGUCCAGGAGGCAAUGAAGCUGUUUGCACAGAUGAGGGUCAGGGGGAUGAUGCCAAAUGAGUUCACUUAUACUUCAUUGGUCGAUGGCACUUGCAAGGCAGGGAGGCUAGAUGACGCCAUUGUAUUGCUUGAUGAAAUGGUGCAUCAGGGGUUGGUGCCAAAUGUGGUGACGUACACUGUUAUGGUCGAUGGCCUUUGCAAAGAGGGUAAGGUUGCUGAAGCAGAUAAUGUUUUGAGUCUGAUGGAGAGAGGUGGUGUUAAAGCCAACGAGUUGCUCUACACUACACUGAUCCAUGGGCACUUCAUGAAUAACAACAGUGAGAGGGCUCUGGAUUUGUUGAAUCAGAUGAAGAAUAAAGGAAUGGAACUGGAUGUCUCUCUCUAUGGCACUCUCAUUUGGGGUCUCUGUAAAGAUCAAAAGGUGGAUGAAGCUAAGAGUCUGUUACAUAAAAUGGCUGGCUGUGGUUUGAGACCUAAUACUGUCAUUUAUACGACAAUAAUGGAUGCCUUAUUUAAAGCAGGAAAAGAAUCAGAGGCCGUUGCCUUACUCCACAAGAUUCUGGAUUCUGGGUUCCAACCUAAUGUUGUUACCUAUUGUGCAUUAAUUGAUGGAUUGUGCAAAGCAGGAUCAAUCUCUGAGGCCAUCUCCCAUUUUAAUAAAAUGAGAGAGUUAGGCUUGGAUCCAAAUGUACAAGCUUACACUGCCUUAAUUGAUGGUUUUUGCAAGAUCGGUUCCUUGAAUAAGGCUAUGCACUUGAUGAAUGAAAUGAUUGACAAGGGUAUGUCUCUUGACAAAGUUGUGUACACAUCUCUUAUUGAUGGGUACAUGAAGCAGGCAAAUCUCCAGGAUGCCUUUGCACUCAAGACCAAGAUGAUCGAAAGUGGUUUGCAACUUGAUCUUUAUUGCUACACUUGUUUUAUCUCGGGCUUCUGUAAUAUGAAUAUGAUGCAAGAAGCUAGAGGGGUUCUUUCAGAAAUGAUUGGGACUGGCAUUACACCUGAUAAGACAGUUUACAACUGUCUGAUAAGAAAAUACCAGAAAUUGGGAAACAUGGAGGAAGCGUCAAGUCUUCAGAAUGAAAUGGAAAGUGUUUUAAGCUCUUGCACAGAAGAUGAUACUGCUUCUGGUUCUGGUUGUGAAACCUGAUCUUGUGGUUGUACAAGGAGCUGUCCGUCCUUGGGGCGCAUGGCAAGCAACAUCUGGAGAAUGGGAGUGCCAUGAACACAAGCUGCUCAAGUGUGGCCAAUGCUGGUGAUGAAACUUUGCUCAAGUCUGCAAACUGUGCACAACUAUCUAGCUAGACGGAUCACUUUGUCACAUUGACGUUACCUGGCUCACCUAAAAGGCUAAAACCAUGAUCAGGAGCCUGAUGUACUGAAAUUUCUUAUGGUUUCUUUUCAAUAUUGACUAACCUCCUCUCUUUUCUGACUGUGUAUACAGGAUGUUUCCAACAAGGUGUCUGGAUCUAAUGGGAUUUCGGCUGAGAGAUAGAUCAAAGUGAAAUAAGGAUCUAUGAAAUCAAAAGCAAAGCUUAAGGGUGCUUUCUCUUUUAUUGGACUAAACAAUGACACCUUCAAAAGUAAAUGUAAGCUUCAGUCAUGUUUCAGGACCUCGUACUCCCAAAAGGUAUCAAUUGAAGGACAUGUCCUGGAGAUCAAAGGAUCCUGCUGUCAAUGGGAAAGAGAACCAUGGUCAAGAGGCAGUGCAUGAGGAGAAUACCAAGUCCUGUGAUCAUAAAUAUGGAAGUUACUGCCUCUGGUGUACUGAACAUAGGGAAGUACUGAAGGAUGCCAUUGU